UCAUGCAUAUUAUGCAAUAAGAAUUGCAGUGCUAUCUAGUAUACUGGUCUUCGUGUUGCUUGUAUUGUUUGUUGGUCUAACUGGCGACUCUUGCGUCUUUCAGGGUGGAAGAUGAUUUUCCUCCAGCUCAUCCUCCUCCUCGUCUUCCUCCCUCUCGUCACUCCAACCUGCCCUGAGCCCUGCCUGUGCGCCUCCACUCUUAUUGACUGCACGGCAAAAGAUCUUAUGCACAACAACCUCCCCACCUCCUUCCCUCCCUCGACCACCAGGCUCUACCUCAACCACAACAAUCUCACCUCCAUCCCCAAUGGGCUCUUUGACAACCUGAAAGACCUCCAGGUGGUUCACCUGUGGGCAAACCCCUGGGAAUGUGACUGUCACAUCCUCUACCUGCGCUCCUGGCUCCAGUGGCAGCAGAACCGGAGCUUUUACAGGAACGUCAUAUGCUUAUCCCCCUCCCAUCUUCAAGGCAGGAUCAUCAGCUAUUUGUCGGAGGAUGAGAUCAUUUCCACCUGUCAGUACUGGUACUGUGGCCUAGCGCUCAUCUCUCAGAUGUGCCUUUUUAUCUUCCUCCUCGUGCAAGCAGUCCUGCUUCUCCUAGUCAUCGUCUACCUGCGUAGAAUUCGAAGGAUAGCCAAGGAAGCCAGGCGAACGGUCACCGAAUUCGACGAACGGGGAGAUACGUGGUCGACUCAUUCCCGAAAGGGUGCAGACUGAUCGACGGGUUGGAUGUGUGGGAGAAGAGAGGAGUUCAGCAGAAGUCCACUUGUGGAUGAGAUGGCUUUGUUUCAGUAGUAUUGAAAACAAAAAUACGCAAUAUUCAGGUGGUUUUUUUUUUAAAAAAAAAAUAUAUUGGCCCAGCUUUGUAUAAGAUAACAGUGUCACCAACACAAAGGAGAAUAAAGACUUUAGUUAGCCCAGUCUUAGGUGGAUGAGAUGGUACGGAGAAGGUCCGUCAAAUAUAGAUUAAGUAAGAUGGGAGCAAGAACACAUCCUUCUGUCAGUGAGAUGUCCUUGAUUAAAUCAGUGGACCUUUACUAAUGUGUUAUGGUACCGUGAUUGGAUCAAAAGUACAGUGGUACCUCGGGUUGCAGAUGCUUCAGGUUAUAGACUCUGCUAUCCCAGAAAUAGU